CCGGAAGCAUCCCUGUGAGAAGGAAGAGGAGGCUCGCCUGGUAGCAGUGAAAGAAGGAGAGGACGCCGAUUCGGGGAGCUGCAGUGACAGGAGCCAAACUGAAGACUGGGUAGCUGAUUUCCACCUCAAGCCAUAAAGAUGGUGAUCAAUGUCUGCCUCCCACAAUUCAAGCCCAGGAUUCACUGCAACAAGAUCUCCGCUGACGGAUAUGAAGUAGAAAACCUGGUCUCGGAAGACCUUGCCAAGAGGAAUCGUGGGUUCCGCUGUGAAUAUUUCAUCAAGCCACCUGUCCACGUGACUCUCUCUUUCCCCUUCAACAUAGAAAUUUGCCGGAUUAAUGUAGACAUCUCCUCAGGUGGCUCUCAGAACAUCACCGGGCUGGAUAUUUACACAUCUACCUCAUCCAGCAAACCCCCUUGGAACAGCUCAGACUCUCCAUUCUCAAGUGUGGACGGUCAGCAGGCCUUGGACAAAGAGGUUUUCACACUGGUAGGCAAAGCUGUGCUGAAGAAUCAAAGCAAAGUGACCUUCAGCCACCGAAGCUUCAAGACAAGGCCUCCAUUCCAUCAGCAGAUGGACACUCCCUUCUCUGGCUCUGCAUCUCUGGACUUGUGGAAUAAAGGCCCAACCUCUCUGAGCAGUGUGUCGCACGUGAAAAUCUGCAUCACCCAUGUGGCUGGUGGUGGUCUCCCUUGCAUUAAGAAAGUGGAGGUUUGGGGCCAGCCAGCCAAAUCCUGCUCUCACGAGGUGGUCGACAACGUGCUCCGGGUUGCACAAGGCUUUGGAGGGCAAGCUGCCGGCCUCCCGUCGCCCAUGGAUAGUGACAUUGCGCCCUUCGGGAACUCGGACAGCCAGGAGCACAAGCUGAUGGAUGUCAUUCAGGACAUCCCUGAGGAGUUCUUGGACCCCAUAACCCUGGAGGUAAUGACUCUCCCCAUGCUGCUGCCCUCUGGCAAAGUGAUCGAUCAAGGCACCCUGGAGAAGUGCAACCGGAGCGAGGCAUCCUGGGGACGAGUGCCCAGUGACCCCUUCACGGGGGUGGCUUUCAGCCAGCACUCGCAGCCCCUUCCCCACCCCUCUCUCAAGGCACGGAUAGACCACUUCCUCCUCCAGCACUGCAUUCCUGGCACCAACCUCCUUGGGAGGGCUCAGGCCUUGGGGGUGAUGGUAGCCUCUUCUGUAGCCAUGUCUUCCCUCAAAAGGAAAAUAGACCUUGCGGAACAGAAGCCGGGCAGCCACCGCGGCACGGAGCCUCUCCAUCUUGCCACGACAAACUUUGUCGUCACGUCUACCUCUGAGUCCCGUGCUAAGAAAAUGAAAACGGAGUGCGACUCCAACUCCUCCCAAAUGGACUGUUCGACAGAUCUGAUUUCUCACGAACAGAGGCUUUCGGACAGUUUAGGCAGCGCCUUGAACUCGGCACUCAGCUCUAUGCCUUUGUUCACAGCUAGCUUGACGAAAGGCCAGCAGCAACCACACACCGGCAGCAGCCUCACUGGCCCGUGGAACACAAGCAGCGGACAUGAGCCCAGUAGGAGUGACGCCACCCAAGGAUGCUCUUCCUGCUCUCGGACCUUUUCUACUUACUUCAAAACGGAACCUGUUUAUCAGCUCCCUUGCGGCCACCUGGUGUGUCGCUCUUGCUUGGCUGAGAAGCAGAAGUCUUUAUCGAUACUGUGUAUGAGUUGUAAGAGGUUGGUUGCCACCCACGACAUCAUGAGGGUCCACUUCUAGCCCAUUUUCAUGAUGCUUUUUGUGGAAUUGAGUGAUCAGGAAAGAAAAAAAAUGAGUGGGGGGGACCAAGGAACAGGAGACACAGGUGUUCCUCCCCCUCCUUUGAGAUGUGCAAGGAUGGGAUCCUGCACAGACCUUGCUAAAGGGAACUUUCUGAGGUUCUGAAGAGGACUUGUUGCCCUUAGAGAGAAUAGGUGGGGCUGUAGCGUUGCGCAUUGUGCCAGAGCUAAGCGGUCAAAGGAUAAUAAAGCCAUAUGCUUCUCUAGUUUAUAAAAAAAGGUCAUUUAUAUACACAAGUGGUAUCCAUGUAACUGCGCUCCAUUGUUUUGCUACUUUUCAAGUGUAGGCUGCUUCUGGUUUAUCAGGAAGGGGGGCUGUGAGGUCACUUUCUCUUGUCCUCCAUUCGAUAAGAGAGCUUUUUGGUUAUAGCAAGGAAAGUAGGUGGUUAAAGAAAGCCUGUCUGGCGUGGCACCUGCCCAGUAACUGAGACCCACUCUGGGCAGUCCUUUGUCAGACUUGCAAAAAACGUAUGUGAGGUUGCCAGUUCUGAAAACCAAGCAACUCCCUGGGUGAGUGGUGCCGUGAGUGAUGCUUGAACGUUGCUGGUGGCCAUUUCUAUUAGUUGUGCAACCUGUAUCAAAAAGUCAGUGUGUCAUACACACACACACAUAUACAGAUGUCUGUUGUCACUCUUGAUUUCUGUUGUGCAGCUAGGGAGGAGGGCUAGCUAGCUCUCUCCCUGUCUAGCGGAUGAAAAAUUUAAGCCUUAAUAAAAAUUAUGGUCAAAAGUU